AUGGCAAGGAAAACUGGUGCAAAAUCUCAGCCUUUUGAUGAUGAAAUAGUAGUUGAUAAUAAUUUUGAUGAGGAAUCUGUGUUAGCUGAGGAUAUUAUUGCACCAGUUCAGAUUGAAUUGGAUUAUAUUCAAAGUGAGAUUGAUUUUUGGAACUCUGCUGUUGUAUGCUAUAUUGUGGGUGCCAAUCCCCCAAUUAAUGUGGUGGAGGGUUUUAUUAGGAGGAUUUGGGGUAGUCUAAAAGUGGAUAAGGUGGUGUUGGUAAAAAAGGGAGUGUAUCUGGUGAGAUUUUUAUCCAUGGAAUCGAGAGAUAAGGUGCUUAAGGGUCAUUAUUUUUUUGAUAGUAAGCCAUUGAUUGUGAAACCUUGGGAUCAGGAUGUUGAUAUGGAAAAGGAGGUGGUGCAGGUUGUUCCAAUUUGGAUUCAUUUGAAGCUGAAUUUUAAAUACUGGAGUGAGAAAGUCAUAUUCAAGAUUGUGAGUCAAUUAGGGAAACCUAUAAAGAGAGAUUAUGCUACAACCUGUAGGGAUAAAAUCCAGUUUUCUAGAGUAAUGGUUGAAGUCCCAAUGGCAGAAUCCUUACCUGAUCACAUAUAUUUCAUGAAUGAACAUGGAGAGAAGAUUAAGGUAGAAUUGAGGUAUGAGUGGAAACCAACCUUAUGUGCUAAAUGCAAUAUGGUGGGGCAUGUUAAAACAGAUUGUAGGCAGGGUAAAAGCAGGAAAGUAUGGGUUCAGAAACAGAAGCAAGGGGAUGCACAACCUCAACAAGUUGUGAAACCAGUUAUUGAGGUGGAUCAAGAGGGAUUUCAAAGAGCAUUGAGGCCUAUUAGGGUUAGAGUGGAUUCUGUGGAGCCAACACAUGUUACAAACCCCUUUGAUAUUCUGCAGAAUGAGGGCAUAACUGAGAAUGCUGAUACUGUGCCAGGUGGAGAAGAUGAAGUGAGAAGGUUCAUCCAGCAGUUUGAUAUUGGGUUGGUUGGGCUCCUUGAACACAAGGUGAAGGGUACCAAUCUUGGUAAACUUUAUCAAAGAGUGUUUACAAACUGGUGUUUUACUGGGAAUGUUAGUUUCCAUAAAGGUGGCAGGAUUGUAGUUGCUUGUAGACCAAGCAGUUUUACUGUGAGUAUUCUAGCUGUUACAGCUCAAUUCAUUCAUUGCCAUGUCAUCCCUAUGAGUGGUAAAGAUGGAUUUUAUUGUACCUUUGUGUAUGCUUUCAAUGAGAGUAGGCAGAGAUUGGAGCUAUGGAGGGAUUUAAAGAGUCUGAACACACAGGAACCUUGGAUCAUGUGUGGUGAUUUCAACUGUGUCAUGACUAGUGAGGAAAGAAUUGGUGCUCCUAUGAGGAAAGCUGAAAUUGCUGAUAUUAAUGAGUGUAUGCAUGAUUGUUGUAUGGAGGAUGUGAAGUGUGUGGGGAAUAUGUUCACCUGGAAUAAUAAACAGCAGGGUAGUGCUAGAGUGUUCUCUAAACUGGAUAGAGUGUUGGCUAAUCCAGCUUGGCAGAAUGUUUAUAAGGAUGCAGAGGUGUGUUUUAUGAGUGAAGGUGGGUUUGAUCACUCCCCUGGACUUCUCACUAUGUAUCCAAGGGUUGCAAGUGGAAGGAAGCCAUUCAGAUACUUCACAAUGUGGAAGACAACUCCAACUUUUAAUGGCAUCAUUCAAGAUGUAUAG